AUGCGAUCCCUUCGAUUACAUAGGUUGAUUAAUAUUGCUGCGCUAGUGCGGUCGCAAUCAGGUAGCGGCGGCGGGCGGUACCCACAGCGUGAGCAACAGCAGCGAUUCGGUGGUCCUCGCGAUGAUCGCCCGCCCAGGGGAAGACCCCCGCAGAACUUUUCACAGGGUGGCUACCGCAACUCAUUAAACGAGCCACAGUUGGUCGCAAGGCUCCUGGAGCUUUUCCCGAGUGGGAAGCCAUGCAUGCCAAUAAACAAAUGGGCUUCGUCCAUACCCGAGGAUAUUCAAGAGGCGUUGGUUCCAUUUGGUGGUUUAGCGCAGUUUACCGCAUCGCAAAGUAACUUUUUCAUCGUGCGAAAGGAGAACGGGACAGUGGUCGUCUCUCUUUCCACAAUGGCUUCUACACUAUGCGCUAAAAGGGAGAAAACAUUAAAAACGCGAAGAAAAGGCGGCUGCCUUCUCUGCCCGUCGCCGCGAGGAUCCGAGACGUCAGAGAUGACGCAAUGGAAAACUUGGCGCCGGGAAAAGGCGGCGGCUUGCGUUUGUUUUUGUUUAUUGUUGACCACGUCAAGGAGGGGAGACAAAAAGACGUGCGAAAAGGAAUAA